GGAGGUGGUGGUUAAGGGAGACCUCCCCCACCCCUUCGCUCUGACGCUGUACGAGGAGACUCUGUUCUGGACUGACUGGAACACUCAUUCCAUCCAAUCCUGUCAGAAAGAGACUGGGGAGGAUGGGAGGAAGGUCCACUCAGACAUCUUCUCUCCCAUGGACAUACACGUCUACAGCCAGAAGAGACAGCCACUACUGUCUUCACCAUGCUCAGUGGAGAACGGAGGGUGCUCCCACCUCUGCCUCCUGUCUCCUAUCGAACCGUACUACCAGUGUGCCUGUCCCACCGGAGUCCAGCUGCUAGAGGACAACAAGAGAUGCAGAGACGGUGCCACCCAGCUCCUCCUGCUGGCCCGGCGGACUGACCUGCGCCGCAUCUCCCUGGACACGCCUGACUUCACUGACAUCAUCCUCCAGACGGACGACAUCCGCCACGCCAUCGCCAUCGACUAUGACCCGGUGGACGGACACAUCUAUUGGACGGACGACGAGGUCAGGGCCAUCAGGAGGUCGUACCUGGACGGCUCCGACGCUCAGUUCAUCGUCACCUCUCAGGUGAACCACCCUGACGGCAUCGCAGUGGACUGGAUCGCCCGGAACCUGUACUGGACUGACACGGGAACGGACCGCAUCGAGGUGACACGCCUCAACGGAACCAUGAGGAAGAUCCUGAUAUCAGAGGACCUGGACGAACCACGAGCCAUCGUACUGGAUCCUGUCGCUGGAUACAUGUACUGGACCGACUGGGGGGUUCCUAAGAUUGAGCGUGCAGACCUGGACGGGACCGAGCGGGUAGUGAUGGUCAACACCUCCCUGGGCUGGCCCAAUGGGCUGGCGCUGGACUACGCGAACCGUAUGAUCUACUGGGGCGACGCCAAGACUGACAAGAUAGAGGUGAUGGGUAUGGAUGGUUCAGGCAGGAGGAUCCUGGUAGAAGAUAAGCUGCCCCAUAUCUUUGGCUUCACUCUGCUGGGCGACUACGUCUACUGGAGUGACUGGCAGAGACGCAGUAUCGAGAGGGUUCACAAACGCACCACAGAGAGAGAGUUCAUCAUAGACCAGCUACCAGACCUGAUGGGGCUCAAAGCUACAUACGUACACAAGACCUUCGGUACCAACCCGUGUGCGGAGGAUAACGGUGGGUGUAGCCACCUAUGUCUGUAUAAGCCGGUGGGCGUCCAGUGUGCCUGUCCCAUUGGUCUGGAGCUGAUAGCUGACCUGUCCACCUGCAUCGUACCAGAAGCCUUCCUCCUCUUCUCCCGACACACAGACAUCAGACGCAUCUCCUUGGAAACAAACAACAACAACGUGGCCAUCCCACUGACCGGGGUUAAAGAGGCGUCCGCACUCGACUUUGACAUCACCGACAACCGUAUCUACUGGACGGAUAUCACAUUGAAGACAAUCAGCCGUGCGUUUAUGAACGGCAGCGCUCUAGAACACGUGGUGGAGUUUGGCCUGGACUACCCAGAAGGCAUGGCGGUGGACUGGCUGGGGAAGAAUCUUUACUGGGCGGACACGGGGACCAAUCGUAUCGAGGUGGCCAAGCUAGAUGGACAGCACAGACAGGUCCUAGUCUGGAAGGAUCUGGACAGCCCUCGAGCCCUGGCACUGGACCCUGCUGAAGGCUUUAUGUACUGGACAGAGUGGGGUGGGAAGCCCAAGAUUGACCGGUCAGCGAUGGACGGGACAGGACGGAUCACUCUGGUACCCAACGUGGGCCGAGCUAACGGGCUGACCAUCGACUAUGCUGAGAGGCGCCUCUACUGGACAGACCUGGACACUACACUCAUAGAGUCAUCCAACAUGCUGGGCCAGGAGCGUGAGGUUAUAGCUGACGACCUCCCCCACCCCUUCGGUCUGACCCAGUACCAGGACUACAUCUAUUGGACGGACUGGUCUCAGCGCAGCAUCGAACGGGCCAAUAAGACGUCACAGAACCGCACAGUCAUCCAGGGUCACCUAGACUAUGUGAUGGACAUCUUGGUCUUCCACUGCGUCACGCCAGGGGGCUGGAACGCCUGCGCCUCCACCAAUGGGCAAUGCUCACACCUCUGUCUGGCUGUACCAAUCAGCAGCUUCGUCUGCGGAUGCCCCGCCCACUUCUCCCUCAACUACGACAACAAGACCUGCAGUGCCCCUACGUCCUUCCUCCUGUUCAGUCAGAAGUCGGCCAUUAACCGGAUGGUGAUGGAUGAGCAUCAGUCUCCUGACAUCAUCCUUCCCAUCCACAGUCUGAGGAACGUCAGGGCUAUAGACUACGACCCCCUGGAUAAACAGCUGUACUGGAUUGACUCCAAACAGAACGCUAUCCGCAGAGCCCAGGAGGACGGGAACAUGAGUAUGACGGUGGUGUCGAGCCCAGUGGGCAGUCCUAACCUGGGCCUCCAGCCGUUUGACCUGAGCAUCGACAUCUACAGCCGCUUCAUCUACUGGACCAGUGAGGUCACUAAUGUUAUUAACGUGACGAGGACUGACGGCAGCCGGGUGGGAGUGGUGCUGAGAGGAGAACACGACAAACCGAGAGCCAUCGUGGUCAACCCUGAGCGAGGGUUA